GACAACCCUUAAACACCGCCCCUGCCCGGCUAGCCCGUGCUACAAAACGCACACACCGAAUAAGCUCGGGAGCGAGGUGACGUCAUCUGGGAAGCAGUUGAUUUCCAGACAGCGACCCGCCGCUCAUGUUGUGACCUGGGAAGUUGCACCACUUUCGAGGGCUCCUUCUUUUUCGUCACUUGAACCAACAAGUGUGCGCCUUCGUUGCCCUAAAAAGGCGAAAAGUCGUAGCGAAAACAUGUCCAAGUACAUCCCGGGGCAGCCGCUGACCGCUGUUGUGGAACGAAUUGAAAUCCAGAAGUUGCGACAAGGAGACAAUCUGAUCCUGGGCUUCAGCAUCGGCGGAGGGAUCGACCAGGAUCCCGGACAGAAUCCCUUCACCAAUGACAAGACUGACAAAGGCAUCUACGUGACGAGGAUAUCGGAGAAUGGACCAGCCGACGUGGCGGGUUUGAGGGAGGGAGACAAGAUAAUGCAGGUUAACGGCUGGGACAUGACCAUGGUGACCCACGAUAAGGCCCGUAAAACACUAACGAAGAAGAACCAGGACGUGGUGCGGCUGCUGGUAACCAGGAGGUCGCUGGAGGAAGCCGUCAAACAAUCUAUGGGGAAGAAACAGUAACUGCACCGCUUGCAACCACCCAACCCCCUCGUACACCGUACACGGUGUCACCGUGGCCUUUAUAACUACAUCCUUUUAUAACUACGCUUUUUGAGGACUUUCCAUGAAAUAAUGCUUCCAUAUCGCUCUUCUACACAUGAAUUCUAAUUUAAUCAUAUCACAGCGUUCUUGAUUAUUCCUUCUCUCCGUUGAGAUAUUUGCCAAAUAUCCUCAUAUCCGUGCUUGACUCAAGCUUUUCGGGAACAAACCUACUCUUGAUCCUUUUUUUGCGUUCAGCCGAACCAAAGUUGUUCUUUGAUGGUUUGGACACAUCAAGGAUGUUCAUUGUGUCGUCUCAUUGAAAUAACACUAUUGUUUUGCUGUCAUUCAGAAUACAGCAUCAAAUGCCAAAGUCAAAGCCAUUGGGAAGUGAUCAAAAUACUGUAAUGUAAUGUAAAAUACUAUUUGUAAUCACUGUUAGACACAAUGAUUUAAUACUUGCACAUUUUUUUUUUCACAAUUUUUUUUACUAAUGUUAUUUCACAAAUUUAUAAUUUCACCCAUGUAUCCAGGUGUUAUUUCACUAAUUAAUUAUUAUUUUACACACGUAUCUUUCUUUUUGUAUUAGUUUUUUUGUUAUUACUAUAACCUCUUUGCGUCUGCUAAAAAAGCAAAAUGCAAACAUCUUCCCAAGUCACACUAAUUGCGUCUCACUCUAACAACACUACAUAAGCUGGACCUACUUGUGGAUUAACUUUCCUCUGAUCCCUCAGCAAGGGGCAGUUGGUCAUUUGGUGUUUUGGUGCAAGUAAACCCACUAGUUACACACUGGAACCGGCUACAUUUAGUUUAUUGUAGAAAUUGUAAACAUGGGAGAGUGAGUUGAUAACUGGACUGCACACCAGAUUCAUACUUAAUCCGUUCAGUGAACUUAUUUAUUUUUCUGCAACACUACAAUGAUUUACUGCCUCUACUGUUCUGCAUUAUUCGAGAUGAGUAAGAAAAUGACAAUACUAAUGUUAAAGCCUUGGGUGAUUUUAGUGUGUAAAAAGUUUUUAUGACUUUUUUUCAAAAUGACUAAAAAGAGAGGUAUGAAUAUACAUUUAAUCAACAUUAUUCUGAAGACAGAAUAAUAUUUAAAAUGUAAAGAAAGGUACAGUAUCUCUCAGUGUAUUCUUACCUGUAAAAUAAAGAACCAAUGGAAUCAGUAGUGUAGUUUUACAAUGAACCAUUUUGGAAUGAACCUUUUUGAUACUUGUGAGACUAUUCAAUUAACCUAAACAUUUUGUAAUCACUCAUCACAGAUCAUGUUUAAUCUUAUUUUUUCCCCCCCACCUAACAAUGUGAAAGCAUAACUAAAGGAAGAAACCCACUUUUGUUUACCAAACACACAUAGUUGUUUUUUCAUAUGCUGUUAAUUCGGGGGUUACGUACCACCUUGUUUUGAAUGUCAAUGACUCAUUUAGAAAUGAGUGAACAAAAUGAGACAAAUCACUUGUAGUAUUUCCUGUAUGAAUUAUAUCAAACAUGUAAAUGAACUACCAGCAGUUUUGCAUUUGAUUGUAUCCAUUUUUUGUACGAAUUCUUCACAGAUAAUACAAGACUGAAAGCAAAAUAUGAUUCUCUCCUCUUUAUUGAUAAUGCACCAAUAAAGUACCAAUGCACAACAGUA